AUUCGGAGAGUGAGAAAAUUAGAACCCGUGACAAAAAUAUUGGGAGAUCGUCUGGAGUGCAGUGUCAAGCUUCAUUUUAUGAGUUAUUUUGAAGAUAACACUUGAUCGAUUUCGCCAUGUCUACUGAACCUGGAGUAGAAAAGGUGCUGGUGACUGGUGCGUCUGGCUACAUAGCUACACACAUUGUAAAGCAACUCCAGGAAGCUGGCUACAAGGUCAGAGGAACAGUCAGGAGUCUCACCAACCCCAAGAAAGUAGGACCCCUCAAGGAACUCUGUCAGAAUCCUGCCCAUGAACUGGAACUCGUAGAAGCCGACCUCACAAAUGAUGAAUGCUGGAAAGAUGCUGUCCAGGGAUGUAGCCAUGUUAUCCACACUGCCAGCCCUUUCCCAGACAAGAGUCCUAAGGAUGAGAGUGUUAUUAUCAAGCCUGCUGUAGAAGGUACAACCAGGGUCCUGCAAGCAUGUGUAGAUGUGGGCGGAGUCAAGAGGGUCGUACUCACCAGCUCUAUACUUGCCAUCAGUGAUUUGACUGAGACUAAUGAAGAACCCAUCACAGAGGAAAGCUGGAGGAAUAUGAACAGUCCUAUGGAGGAUGCCUACGGGAAGAGCAAGGCGUUAGCAGAGAAAGCUGCUUGGGAUUUUGUAGAGAAACUACCAGCUGAGUCUAAAUUUGAGUUUACCGUCAUCAACCCAGCAAUGGUCCUUGGUCCUGUCAUCUGCGGAGUUCCAGGAACCAGCGUGGAAGUGAUCCGUCGUAUCCUCGAACGAGACCCACCUGCUAUUCCCAAGCUCAAUUUCUCCGUAUGUGAUGUCAGGGAUGUUGCUAAGGCUCACGUCAUUGCCAUGACGCACCCGGAGGCACCAGGUCAUCGUCAUAUCGUCGCUCCUCACAGUUUGUGGUUUCGAGAAAUGGUAGAUAUCCUCAAGGAAGAGUUUGUAAAUAAAGGUUACAAGCCGCCAAGUCUGAUGGCCCCACCCGUUCUUCUAAAGGUAGUAAGCUGGUUUGAUUCAUCUGUCAAGUACAUUCUACCACUACAGGGGCACAAGGCUACAUUUUCAAACCAUAGGUUUACUGAAGUACUUGGAGUCAAACCAUAUGAUGCUAAGGAUUCAUUGAUAGACAUGGCUUACACCUGCAUAGAUAAAGGAUUCAUAGUAAAGAAGAAGCAAUAUUUCAAUCCAAAGGAUCAACAGACAGCAGAAGGCGCUAGUGCAUCGUCAUCAUCGUAGAAAUAUCAAUGGACCUUCAGUGCAUUUAAAUCAUACAGCUUUGUCAUAACUUCAGAUAACGGAGGCUUCACACUGAUAUACAUUUGGGUUCAACCAUUUAUCUGGAUUCCAUCUUUAGCACUCCCCUUUACCGAACACCUGUAUGUCGUCAGCCACACAUCUGACACCUUCAAGACCUUCCAGCACCAGGUUCAGUUGCCUCUGGAACUCUUCAGGACCGGUGGACAGACCAAAAGGCAUACUCUUCCAUCGAUACCGGCCAUAGGGAGUGUUGAAUGUUGUCAGCUCCGAACUAGCCUCGUCUAAUUGGACAUGCCAGAAUCCGUUCUUCGCAUCAAAGGUGCUAAACACCUUCGCAUUAGUCAAGUCCGAUAGGAUAUCUUCUAUUGUUGCCAUGGGAUAGUGGUUUCGUUUCAAUCCCUUAUUCAGAUCUCUUGGGUCUAAGCACACUCUUAGCUUUCCAUUGGGCUUCUCCACACAGACAAGGCUUGGUACCCAAGGUGUGUGUGUCUCUAUCCUUGCAAUUAUAUUGCCUUCUUCAAGCCUGUCUAAUUCUUCCUUUAGUUUGGUCUGCAAAGCCACUGGUACUCGUCUUGGUGGGUGGAUCACCGGUGUAACUUCUUCGUCCACACUCAUAUGAUACUCUCCCUCAAGUUUUCCUGUCCCCUCAAAGAGUACUCUCACAAUCUGUGUCAGCCUUCAGCAACAUUAUGUUUUCCUCACAGACCUUGAUCAAUCCCAUCUGCUGGGCUGCACUGCUUCCAAGUAUUGGCAUGCUCUCUCUGUCUAUAAUGAUGCAAUCCACUUGUAUUUCCUUCCAUUCUUGGGAUUAAUCAUUUUCACUUGGGUCUUGCCAAGGGGAACUUGAUUAAAGACAGUAAGUACAAGGUGCUUGCACUUGAUGACUUCUUUUGCCAGCACCUUACGGAUCACAUUACAUGUUGCUCUGUAGUCUACCGGGAACUUCACAUCCUUCCCAUCCAGCGUCAUCAGCAUGAAGAUUUUCUUUUUGAAUUUUACCCUGUCUACCCUGUACUCUGCAUGCUCUUCUUCCAGCUCAACUAUUUGAACUUCCUUAGAUUCUUCAUCUGAAGUUUCUGCUUCAACUACAUGGACUGGUAUUUUCUUUGGCUUCUUCUGAUCUCCUCUGAUCUUUACCUUGGUCUUUCUUGGCUUUGUUCCUGCACACACUAGAGAAAUGAUUUUUCCCACUGCGUGAGAAGUAUUCUUUCCCGAUUGCUGGACAUUUCUCUUUUUAACUUUCAUGACAACAUCCACAGAAUUUACACUGCACUGCCUGCAAUUUCUUGGGUUUUCUUUAUUGCUCACUGCACGAACCUCUUGUCGCUGAUCACCGACAAGAACAUCCACUCUGGCCUUGGAGAGCACAGACAGUUGACAAGCUUUGACACACUUGUCCAAAUCAAGUGAAGAGUCUCGUAGAAGUCUCUCCCUCAGCAUGCCAUCUCUGAUCCCGCAUACGAUCCUAUCACGAAUCAGAGACUCCUUAAACUCUCCAAAGUUACAGUGAGCCACCAACAGUUUUGAGUUCAGUUAAGAACGAAUCAACUGAU